AUGCAAAAUAUUUUUGAUGACAUGCUUCAGAAAAACGUGGAGUGUUAUAUUGACGACUUGGUAGUAAAGUCAAGAAAGAAAGAUGAUCACUUGCAAGAUUUGAGGAUGGUAUUUAAACGGCUUCGGAGAUACCAACUCAGAAUGAAUCCGUUGAAGUGCGCUUUUGGAGUUACUUCUGGGAAGUUCCUCGGUUUUAUUGUUCGACAUCGAGGUAUCGAAAUUGAUCAAGCUAAGGUAUGCCAACCAUUUAGUCGCCUCAUGAAGAAAGGGGUUCCUUUUGAAUGGGACCAAGCUUGCAGAAAUGCUUUUGAAAGCACUAAGUCUUAUCUGAUAAAACCUCCAGUACUGGCAGCCCCAUCUGGAAAGCCAUUAAUAUUAUACAUUUCAGCACAGGAAAGGUCAGUAGGAGCGCUUCUCGCUCAAGGAAACAAUGAAGGCAAAGAAAAUGCGCUUUAUUACUUGACUAGGAUGGUAACGCCAAAUGAGCUCAAGUAUUCGCCUAUUGAGAAGUUAUGUUUGGCACUUGUCUUCUCUAUUCAAAAGCUGAAGCAUUACUUCCAAGCUCACGUUGUGCGACUCGUCUCAAGAGAAAACCCUAUCAAUAAAGGACAAGCAUUAGCAGACUUCCUAGCUGACCAUCCGAUUCCAGAUGAUUGGGAGUUGUCCGAUGAAUUGCCUGAUCAAGAUGCAAUGGUAAUAGAAAUUCAGCCUCCUUGGAAGAUGUAUUUUCAUGGCGCUGCACAUUGUGAAGGAGCUGGCGCUGGAAUAGUGUUUAUCACUUCUCAAGGAGAAGUUUUUCCCUAUUCUUUCACUCUGACACAACGAUGCUCCAAUAAUGUUGCUGAAUAUCAAGCGCUUAUACUUGGGCUUGAAAUGGCUGUGGAUAUCAAACAAUUGCAAUUACAAGUGUUUGGAGAUUCCAAGUUAGUGAUCAAUCAGAUUUUGGGUAGCUAUGAGGUCAAGAAGCAGAACACAAGUGGAUGUUGCCAAAGAUGGGUAGUUCCUCCACCAAAUGACUAUGAGGAAGAAGGAAGCGAAGUUGAGCAUAUUGCUUCCGUUCUUGAGGUUGAAAUUGAAGAUUGGCGACAACCAUUAAUAGAUUAUCUUUGUUACGGUAUAUUGCCAGAAAAUCGUCGAAGGAAAAUGGAAAUCCGAAGGAGAGCCCCUCAUUUUCUUUAUUACAAGAAUACACUCUACAGACGAUCAUUUGAUGGAGUGCUCCUACAUUGUUUGGGGACUGACAAAUUCCUUCAAGCCUUUCAAGAAGCACACUCUAGAGUAUGUGGUGAGCAUCAACCUAGGCCAAAACUUCAUUUCCACAUAAAAAGAAUGGGGUAUUAUUGGCCAACCAUGGUGAAAGAUUAUUUGGAUUACGCUCAGUGGUGUAAAGCUUGCCAAUUCCAUGCUAACUUCAGACAUCAACCACCUAAAGUAUUACACCCAAAUGUUUCUUCUUGGCCAUUUGAUGCUUGGGGUUUGGAUGUUAUUGGUCCAUUGCCAAAGUCUUCUGGUGGACAUCUAUACAUUUUGGCCGCAACUGAUUACUUCUCGAAGUGGGCUGAAGUUGUUUCUCUUAAAGAAGUAAAGAAGGAAAAUGUGGCUAACUUCAUCCGAGUCAAUAUUAUAUAUCGAUUUCGCAUUCCGAGAUAUAUAUUGACGGAAAAUGGUAAGCCAUUUGAUAACAAGUUGAUGAAUAAAAUAUGUGAUCUUUUUUGCUUCAAGCAACGCAAUUCCUCCAUGUAUUAUGAUGCUGCCAAUGGACUUGCUGAAGCAUUUAACAAGAUACUCUGCAACUUGUUGAAAAAGGUUAUUUCUAAGUCUUAG